UUUCUUUCUUACGUCUUUCAGUGACGAGCCAUUUGGGACAACGAAAAGAAGAAAAGCCAGCCCAUAACCAAACAACAGUGAAACCCCCAAACAUCAUGGCUGAUACUCAGGAAACUGGUCUCCCUCCCAACUGGGAGGUCCGCCACAGCAACUCCAAGAACCUUCCCUACUACUUCAACUCCCUCGAGAAGAACAGCCGCUGGGAGCCGCCGGCUGGAACGGAUACCGAGAAGCUCAAGGUUUACAUGGCCAAGCACCACAGCCCCGCCACCGGUGGUAACCUCGGCGGAGGGGAAGGCAAGAUCCGCGCCGCACAUCUUCUGGUCAAGCACGCAGAGUCCAGACGACCCUCAAGCUGGAAAGAGGCCGAAAUCACUCGCUCCAAAGACGACGCUAGAAAGAUUAUUGAAGGCUACCAGGACCGCAUCAAGAGUGGCGAGGUCAGUCUUGGAGAGCUGGCCGUUACCGAGUCCGACUGUAGCAGUGCUAGGAAGCGCGGCGAUCUGGGAUACUUCGGCAAGGGCGAUAUGCAGCAGGCCUUUGAGGAGGCUGCGUUUGGCCUCAAGCCUGGCGAGGUCUCGGGCGUGGUGGAUACCGCGAGUGGGUUGCAUUUGAUCGAGCGUCUCGAAUAGGAUUUGGAAAUCCAGGAUGAAGGAUACGCCAAAGGAAACGGAAGAGAAGAUGUGUUUCAUGCCAAGCUCGCACCACUCAAUGACAACCCCAGCCGAGUCGAACGGGCAUGAAAGAUUGAUACACAUGACAGUGAAUACCAAAAAUAAAAUACAUAAAAUAUGU